AUGUUGGAAAAAAAGUCUGGACCUGACUACAAUGCUGAACUUACUGCUGGCUCUGGGUGGUGUGAGCAAUUCGAGAAUCAUUUAUUACACUAUGUGGAUGUGAGAGACACGUCUCUAAAUGACAUCAAAGACUUCUAGGAAGGAUGUCUGAAGCCUCCAACUGUGAUCAGUCAGUUCUGUACCCUUGUCUCGGGAUCCGUCCAAAUGUUCUUUCUGUGGGUGCUGGGCUUUGCAGCCUAUGGAAGUGAGGCUUUGCACUGCAGUUGUGAUCCCUACAAGAGGGAGAUAAACCACUUCUGCUAAAACCAGUUCAGGCCAGUCACUCCACAGCAGGUGUUCUGGGCUUUACAACCAGUGGUUGUCCUGGUCCCUGGUGCACUUUACACUUCAUGUAAAAGCACCAUCAAGAAUGCCUUCUUCAAAAGGCCAUCCCCACUGAUUUACAUCCCGUCUGCAGUGUUAAGAAUUAGUCUAGAGGUGGUAUUUUGGCUUCACAUUCACCUCUUUGGCUUCCAAAUCAAAUCUCUCUACCUGUGUGAUACCGGAUCUUUGGGAAAAAAACUUACUAUUAUAAAAUGCAUGGGGCCAGAACACUUUGAGAAGACCAGUUUUCUCACUGCAAUGUAUACAUUUACUGUAAUUACAGUGAUAUUAUGUGUUACUGAGGUUUUCGAGAUCAUAUUUAGAUUGUGCUUUCUAAUUAAGCAGUGA